GAAGAAGAAGAAGAAGCGUCGGGUCCCACUGCUUCUAUUUUGGAUUCUGAGUUCUGACUUGUAUUCAACAACGCGGGACGAAAGGCGUUCCUGGCUAUUGCCUCACGUUUCGAUGAUGUGUUAAAAUCUUGACCACUACUAAACUAUCAUGUUUGGGCAACAGUCAUCUAUAAGGCCUAAUGCGCAGGUUUGUACAUUCUACCAGAAGGGCCAGUGUAAAUAUGGAACGCAGUGCUGGAACCUUCAUCCACCUAACCAAGGUGCAGCAGUUGGUGGAAUGGCCCCUACAUUUGGUGGUAAUGUAUUUGGUGCAAAGACCAGUGCACAGGCAGACUCAAAGGAGUUCACUGAAUUCAUGAAACAAGUAAGUGUGGAGAUGUCUCAGUGGGAAAGAAAUGGACAGUGGCUGUUCUCUUCUUUCACUCCUCUUAAGUCACAUCCAUUGUUAGCUGGGUUUUCGGACCACUCUCCUGAAGAAAUGCGGGUCAAAUCAUAUGAGUCCCUGAAGACUAACACAUUCACUGCAUAUCAAGAUCAGUGGACUAAGUUGCAGCAGCAGUAUAAGCAACUGCGUGAUGCUUUAAGGGGUCCCACUUCUGAUGCAUAUCAGGCAAUGAAAGAGGUUUUCUAUUCUAAAAGUAGCUCUGAUCAGCAACUCCAGAAUCCAUCUCAAAAUGGGAAAUCAGGCAGCUUAUUUGGUAAACCAGCAGGAACAUUAUUUGGGGGAAAUUCAACCCUCACACCCCAGCCAAGUGCAGGUCUUUUAGGACCUAAUCCUCAGUCUUCCAUUUUUGGAGGAGGAGGAGGGUCUAUAUUUGGAGGAAACCAAUCAGCAUCUUCCAAUGUGUUUGGCGACUCGGCUAAAAAAACGUUAUUUGGUGGACCUGCAGCUCUUGGAUCACAGAAUACAAAUACUACCUUUGGAAGUCAGCCCAAUUCAUCCCCUUUUGGAGGAGGCAAUGCCAAUUUGUUUAAGAGUAGUGGUGGAAGUGUUUUUGGUGGUGGUAAAAUGCAAGGCAGUCUUUUUGGAGGAACCCCUGCAACAACUCAAACCUCUGGAAGUAUUUUUGGUGGAGGAGUUCCUACCAACACAACCACUGCAAGCAUAUUUGGAGGUGGGACUCCAGCAAAUCCAGUUACUUCAACUACUGGAAGCAUAUUUGGAGGUGGAAACAACACAAAUCCUGUUGCCCCUGCCACUGCGAGCAUUUUUGGAGGAAAUUCUGCAAAUGCUGCAACACCAGCUACGGUAAAUAGUUUUGGUGGAAGCAGUAAUACUGCCACUUCAGCAAGUGGAAGUGUCUUUGGAGGUGGUCAAAAUCAAACCCCGAGUAUAUUUGGAAACAGUAAUCAAAAUACUACUCCAACCUUUGGUUUUAUGGGUCCUGCUACGACAAGUAGUGUGUUUGGAACUUCAAAUACAGCAAGUAAUGUAUUUGGGUCUUCAAGCACUAAUACGACAUCUGGAAGCAUUUUUGGAAAUAAACCCAGCUUAUUUGGGGGUCCACAAAAUCAGAAUCAAGCGAGCACACCUCUUUUUGGCAAUUCGUCGUCAGGUACUCCAACCAUCUUUGGAGGAAAUCCAACAAGUGAGACCCAGCCACAGAAUCCCUCUGUCUUUGGUCUGAAUACAACUCCUAGUAGUACAUUUGGUGGAAGUGGAAACACGAAUCCUUCAAGUGGAGGAGCUGUAUUAUUUGGUGGAAGCUCAGCUGGGGGGAUGCAGUCUGGAAGUAUUUUUGGAAACGCUGGUGACUCUUCAGGAAGUACUGGGCUUUUUGGUAAACAGCCAGAUUCACAGGCAAGUUCUCAGUUAAAUACAACAAGUCAGACAAUUGGUGGAAGCAACAUACCAGGAAAUGUAAGAGCAGAAUGGUUCACACCAAUUGAUCAGCUGGAUCCAGCAGACAAAGGACAGUUUGAGGCUGAAGUGUUUACAUCUAUACCAUUGUGCCCCCCUCCAGUUGAACUCUGCUUUUAGUUUCCUUUAUUGUUAAUAGGCUCGACUGGAUGCUAUUUUAAAGUUGUAUAAUUUUUCUAGCAGAUUAUUUCUUGUGCUCUGUACCAUACUGGUGAGAACUGGCAGUGAUUGGACUCUCUUCCUUCUUUUUUUUUUUAUGUUCAAGUUACAAAAGUGUAGUUAAAGGCUGAUAUAGCAAUGUUAAGCGUUUGAAUUCAGCCUCUCUCUCAUGCUUAGGCAUAAUUGUAAUAUUUGUUAGUGUUCUUUUUAUGUUCAUAUUGCAUGCUACUUUCAUGGUAGGCUUUGAAAAUUAAUCCCUCAAUUAUCCAGAUAAGGGUAAGUAAAAAAUCUUAAGCCGUUCAAGGGUAACUCUGUACCUUCCUCACCUUACCUUGUCAGUACUGCAUAAACAUAAACAUGUAACCCAGUCCCAGAAUGCAGAGUAAACUAGAUUUGCACAUACUCUAUGUAACAGUUCAGUAUCUUCAACAUUUUUAGUUUCACUUUCAAGAAAUUUGUUAAGAGUUGUAAUUUUCCAGAGAAGACAUAAUAUAUUUAUCUAGCACAAACCUUUUGGGCUAGACCAGUUAAUGUUAAGAAGGGUAACUCAAUGGUUUGGUCUUAUUGUAUAUUGAUAGUGGUAAUAUUUGUCUUACCCACGUAAGUCAUAUCUUUAAUAACUGAAACAAACCUUUAGAUCCUUGUUAAGGUCAAGUGAUCAUGUAAAUAUUGUAGUUAUUGUACAGAUUCUUGUUCUCGCUGUUUCUGUGUUAAGCUUGCAAAAUAUAUGUUUGUCAAAAACCGA